CCUUAAACAACCCAAAGAAACUUUCCUUUUUUCCACACAAAUUCAACUCCAGGGGAGUCGACCCAAACGCCCAAAAAAACAAAAAGAAAAAAAGGAAAGAAGACCCCGAAUGAAUUCUUGCUCAGGAAGAAGGCCGAGAAUCAUGGCUUCCUCUUUGUCAUUACCUCAAAAUACCAUCACCGACAUACUCUCUAGAUUACCGGUCAAGUCCCUGACCCGAUUCAAAUUAGUUUCCAAAAACUGGGCCCACCUCACCUCCACUCCUGCUGUCAUCGCCGCCCAUCUCCGCCGCUCAGCUUCCGACCCAUCUCUUCUCAUCCGCCGCUACCGAAUCCAAAAUGGUGCGGAAUUUGGUUUCUGGCUGAUCACUAACCCGACUCGAAAGUUUCGCAGCCAGCUCUUGGAUUUCCCCUUGGAAGAAUCACUACUUCGGUUGCCGAAAAUCGUGGGUUCCGUCGACGGUUUGGUUUGUCUCGAUGUUUCCCCUUGUCAUGCUUCUGAUUUUGUUUUGUGGAACCCUGGAACUAAGCAAUUUAAACACCUCCCUUUUCCUUUGAUCACUUCCUCCAAAAGUAACCCUAUUUGGUUGGUCUUUCUUGGGUUUGGCUUUGAUUCUUUCAACAAUGAUUAUAAACUAGUCAGGAUCGUUUCUUUUAAAAGAAAUGAUGCGUCGCCAUUCUUGAGGGUUGAAGUUUAUUCUUGGAGGGAAGGGGUUUGGAAAGAAAUAGAAGAACGUUUCGACUCAACUCUGUUAUGUGGAGUACCAGAGGGAGUCGUUGUUGAUGGUAGUUUGAAUUGGCUAGCCAUUGGAUUACAAGAUUUCGCUGAUCGAAAGUUUGUUAUUUCCUUUGACAUGGGAAGAGAGGUGUUUAAGAGAAUAGCAUUGCCAGCCGUUACUCGAUUUGGUAAUGUUAAAGUUAUGUCUUACAUGGGAUUGUUGGCUAUUGCUGUAUAUCCUCUAGUUUUUGCUGCUAAUGGUAUUAAUAUGAAUCGGUUCGAGUUUUGGGUACAGAGUGAUGGUGAAGAUGGGUCGAAACAUUGGACUAGAAUGGUUGCGAUUGAGAAUUUUUCAAAGACUUUGGUUCCAAUGGGAACUUGGAGAGAUCGUGAAGUGGUAAUUAAACAUAUAGGAGUUAACGAUAGAGAGAAUUAUCCAAGUCUUUUGUUGUAUGAUCCUGUUGAUGAAGGGACGAAAAGGCUUCCAGUUGAUGGUGUUGAUUUCUGUGUAGAAGGUUACAGUUAUGCGGAGAGCUUGGUUUCAGUUAAUGAAGAAUCUAAGAUGGUAGUGGAGCAAAAGCAUUCCAGAAAAUAGGAAAACUUUGGAUUUUCGCGAGUGCAAUGCAGAAUGGUUGUCUCCCAAAAAAAUUGAUGGCGCUUUGGACGCGAGGACAGAGUAGCUUAGUAUGCAUAGGUCACUUGCCAACUGUAGCUGCUCAAUUCCUGAAGGUUUGGGCUGCAAAUUUUGACAGGGGAAACCGACUGCUUUUCUUUGCUGCUACAAACUUAGCCCUAUAUACUUUUUGAUAUUAUUAAUUAGUAUGUCGAUUUAGGACCCAAGCAUUUGAUUUAGUAGGUACUACAUAAUUCCCUUGCCAAAAGAGUAAAAUUCAAAUUCCCUUCCCUAAAUCCAAAAACAAAUAAAUAAAAUUGUAUGUCAUAACUACAACUGGUAAAUGAUUUGUGCAUUGACAUUUCUCUUUCUCUGUAGUCUGUCAUCUGAGAUCUGUCUCUCUUAUAAAUCCUUCUCUCUGCUUUUGCCACGGACUCUGUCUUCAAUUACUGCCACUGGCGUCGCUUUGCUUUACGAUGAAGCAACUCUGAUCUAAUCUACUCUAAUCCCGGCACACCAUACCACUCCAACCUAUGUUAAUCAAAACUUUCCCUGUAGUGGUCUACACUUGAUUCUGCUUUAAUCUAAAGCAACCCCAUGAGAAGACAGUUAAGACACCCGCCUCAGUACAGGCAAGCUUCGAGCAUUGCACAAGCUACUACUACAACUACCGUCCUAGCGAAGACCGUAUAAUGCAAGCCAAUUUUCAUUUUCCUCAACUGCUACUAAUAUCUGUCCCGGAAGUUAACAAAGUACUCUUGAUUAUUGUAUAACCCUAAAACUAUUCUCCAACAAGAAACUGCUUUGAGAAAACAACUUGGAUCAAAUAUCAAUAU